AUGGUCCUUUCAUUUAUCCUGGUUCAGAAUCGCCAGGGGAAAACGCGCCUGGCGAAGUGGUAUUCCCCAUACAGUGUCCAUCGUCUUGUCGCCCCGCGAGAUCAAAAAUAUCAGUCCAACUUCGUCGAAUUCCGCCGCAGCACUAAGGUCGUAUACCGACGAUACGCCGGUUUAUUCUUCUGCGUCUGUGUCGACGCAAAUGACAAUGAGCUCGCAUAUCUCGAAGCAAUCCACUUCUUCGUCGAGGUCUUGGACCAGUUCUUCGGAAACGUAUGCGAGCUAGACUUGGUCUUCAAUUUCUACAAGGUCUACGCCAUCCUGGACGAAGUCUUUCUCGCAGGCGAGAUUCAAGAGACAAGCAAGCAGGUCGUUCUCACGCGAUUGGAGCACCUGGACAAGCUGGAGUGA